UCCGAUCUUCAUGGCUGUUCCUUCCCUGAUCCCUUCCUCCUUUCUCUUCAUAUUCUUAUUACUUUGUAGUCUCCUUUCGGUCUGCAGGGUUUCUUCUUCUACUGUUUCAGUAGAGGAGGAACCCGAGAGCUUUAUCGUUUUCAUGUCGAAAUCUAAGAAACCCCAGGCUUUCUCCACCCAUCAUCAGUGGUAUUCAUCCAUCAUUCAUACACUUUCCCCUCUCUCUAACCACUCAUCUGAGCUCUUGUACACCUAUGACCGUGUUGCCAAUGGUUUUUCUGCACGCCUCACGCCCUCCCAAGCCUCUGAACUCCGAAACGUUCCGGGCGUGAUCUCUGUCCUUCCGGAUCACAUCCACCAGCUCCAAACCACUCGUACCCCUCAAUUUUUAGGCUUAAGUGAUAGUGACCCAUCCGGUCUCUGGCAAAUCUCUGAUUACGGAGCUGAUAUUAUAGUGGGUGUUCUCGACACAGGAAUCUGGCCCGAAAGGGCUAGCUUCUCGGGCGAUGGUCUAUCUCCCAGGCCUGAUAGUUGGCUGAGCAAGUGCCAGGCGGGUGAAGAUUUUCCGGCGACUUCGUGUAAUAAUAAAAUCAUUGGCGCCCGUGUUUUUUACCAAGGCAACGUAGCUGCUACUGGAAAGGCAAUGGAUGAAUCAUCGUUAUCACCCAGAGAUACGAACGGGCAUGGCACACAUGUUGCCUCUACUGCAGCUGGAUCUAUUGCUCAAAACGCUAACCUUUUGGGAUACGCACCGGGGGAAGCCAGAGGCACGGCGGUAAAAGCCAAAAUAGCAGUUUACAAAGUUUGCCAUGACUCAGGCUGUUCCGAUUCCGAUAUUCUUGCUGCCAUAGAUGAAGCUGUUAAAGACGGUGUGGACGUGCUUUCGCUUUCGAUUGGUGGUGCCUCCUAUAGGCCGUACUCUGAGGACCCCAUUGCAAUUGGAGGUUUUGGUGCGGUGAAAAAUGGUGUGAACGUCGUGUGUGCUGCUGGAAAUGAUGGCCCCAAUGCAUAUACUGCUAGCAACAUCGCGCCAUGGAUUUUGACGGUUGGUGCUUCCACUAUUGAUAGGGAAUUCCCGGCUGUGGUCACACUAGGGGAUGGCAGGACCUUCAUUGGCACCUCCUUGUACUCCGGUGAACCACCCGGCGCAAACCUAGUUCCAGUUGUCUACGGCGGUGACGCCAACAGCGUUAACUGUCAUCCUGGCCAACUCGACGCUUCAAAAGUCAAUGGAAAGAUCGUGUUUUGUGAGGCUGAUGACGUUACUUCAGUUGUUGAUAAAGGAGUGGUGGUAAAAUUGGCUGGUGGGUUAGGAAUGAUCAUUCCUAACCCUCCUCCCUAUGGCUACGAGCUUGUGGCCAACGCUGAUAUGAUUCCCACGGCAGUCGUUACCGCACCGGACGGAGACAUAAUCCGGGAAUAUGUAAGGCCGUCUCCAUUGACAGCAACUGCUAAAAUCGAAUCCAAGGGAACAGUAACUUCUCCGUCUGCACCGCGUGUGGCCGCUUUCUCAAGCCGAGGCCCCAAUGUUUUGACUCCUGAAAUUCUGAAACCGGAUGUGAUUGCACCGGGAGUUAACAUUCUAGCGGCCUGGACUGGCGCACAAAGCCCCUCCCAAAGCAGCGCUGAUGAUAGAAGAACGGAAUUCAAUAUUAUCUCCGGCACCUCCAUGGCAUGUCCUCAUGUUAGUGGAUUAGCCGCCAUGCUGAAAAAGGUCCAUCCAAAUUUGAGCCCCGCUGCCAUUAAGUCUGCGCUCAUGACAACUUCUUACACUCGGGAUAAAUCCGGAAAUAGUCUCAUAGAUCUUUCCACUGGAAUACCAUCCGUGCCCUAUUAUCAUGGAUCCGGGCACGUUGAUCCAACCAAGGCAGCAGAUCCCGGUCUGGUCUAUGAUACCGGAAUUAAUGAUUAUGUGGAUUUUUUGUGUACCAUUGGGUAUGAUAGUCAGAAAAUUGCGUUGUUCCUGCGGGAUGCAGGUCCUCCGGUGGAUUGCAGCACGCGAAAGUUGGGUAAUCCCGGCUCUCUAAAUUACCCUUCAUUUUCCGUUGUUUUCAGUGAUAAUCUCCGGACUGUCACGUACAAGAGAACUGUUAAAAAUGUGGGGAAAAUCAAGAAUCCUGUUUAUAAUGUAGCAGUAGAUAUUCCUUCUGACGUUCUCGUGACUGUGUCACCAACCAGCCUGGUGUUUAGUGAGGGAAAUGAUAUACUAUCUUAUGAGGUAACUUUUACAAGCGUUACACCAGUUGCCACAGUAUUCGGGUCAUUAGCCUGGAGUGAUGGGACUCACGUCGUUAAUAGCCCAAUAGCUGUGAUGGAUUUGGCGGCAAAGGGUACGGUGGCUUUGCAGUCUGAAAUCUAAAUGUAUGCAUGAAUGGAUCUAGUUUGUAGCCCAUGUAAUAAAAUAAAGUAAUAUAUUCACGAAUAAAUGUAUGCAAUAAUGGGCUUAGUUCGUUCCUAUGUAGUCAAUGUAAUGAAACAAAUCUAUAUAUAAAUUGAAGUAUUAUGUCGGUCAAA